AUGAGCGGAGCAACCGAUAAAAUACAAACAACCACCACCGUAACUACAGGAACAGAACACACAACACAAGAACCAACCGAGGCAACUACACAGAAGACCAUCGAGAUUAAUGUCACAAGACCAGGCACAAGUUUGCAAACAUCAACCAGCAUGGAAGUCUAUUCAAACAGCCCAAUCCAUUCAACGUACUCAGCCGAGUCUGAGGAAAACUCAAAGUGGUCGACACUAGAGAAAUCACAAUUCGUGAGUUCAGCAGACAUGCAAUACGAAAUUCCAACAGUGCCCAGUACACAAAGUGCAAGCUUUACUCGAAAUAGAACAAAAGACCGUAAUAUAGAAACAUCCCCCAACAUAGAACUAUAUUCAACAAACCCAAAUGAUAUCACUAGGGAAGGUGAAGCGGUGGAAAAUUCAUUGGGGACAACACCACAGAAUUCACAUUCUCCGAGUUUCUCAGAUAUACAGAAUAAAACUUACACGGUGCCUUAUAAAGAAAACAUGACUUUCGCUCAAACAACAACAUCGAUGAUUAUUUCGCAAACGCUACCUAACAUGGAAGGCAAGACGGUCACAACGCACAAGUUUGCAAACAUCAACCAUCAUGGACGUCUAUUCAAACAUCCCAAUCCGUACUACGUACACGCAUGA